AUGGGGGAGCGGCUCAGCACGCCGCCGCAGCCAGCCGCCGCCGCCGAGGCGCCGCCGCCGGGCCAGAGCAGAAGGGCGUCGAGGCCCCAGGCGGCGGAGGAGGAGGAGGCCGCCGGGGCGCCUCCGCCGGUGGGUCCCCCAGAGGACGGCCCUGCCUCGGGAGGCGAGAGCGGCCCCAGCCGCCGGCUUCCCUUGAGGCCCGUCUGCUGCACCGUCUACUGCGUGGAGAGCGACCGGAGGCCCGGCCCGCCGCCGCCGCCUCAGCCUCCCCCCGGCGGGCCCCUCCGCUCCACAGCCGCCCCGCGGCCCUCUUUACGGGGCGGCGGCGGCGGCGGCGGCAUCGAGCUGGACCUGUCCCUCCUGCCCGAGCCGUUCUGCGGGCUGGUCUCCGGGGGGGACGCGGGGGCCUUGCUGGUGCUGCCCUGCCGCGUGUGUCUCGAGGAGAAGCCGCUCAAGGCCCGGCCCUGCUGCAGGAAGCCCGUCUGCGAGGACUGCCUCAAGCGCUACCUCAGCGCCCAGGUGCAGGUGGGACAAGCAGACAUCCAGUGUCCAAUAACAGAAUGCAGUGAACAUCUGGAUGAAACAACUGUACUGUACCACUUGCCACAUGAUGACAUCAUCAAGUAUAAGUACUUCCUAGAACUUGGCCGUAUCGGCUCAAGCACCAAGCCAUGCCCUCAAUGCAAGCACUUUACAACCUUCAGGAAGAGAGGCCACAUUCCCACCCCUACCAAAAUGGAGAACAAGUACAAAAUUCAGUGCCCAACUUGCCAAUUUGUGUGGUGUUUUAAGUGCCACUCUCCCUGGCACGAAGGUGUCAACUGCAAAGAGUACAAAAAGGGGGACAAGCUGUUGCGUCACUGGGCCAAUGAAAUUGAACAUGGGCAGAGAAAUGCUCAGAAGUGCCCAAAGUGCAAGAUCCACAUCCAGAGAACAGAAGGAUGUGACCACAUGACUUGUUCACAGUGUAACACUAAUUUCUGUUACCGCUGCGGAGAGAGAUAUCGCCAGCUCCGUUUCUUUGGAGAUCACACAUCAAACCUCAGUAUAUUUGGAUGCAAAUAUCGCUACCUCCCUGAGAGACCACAUUUAAGGAGAUUCGUACGAGGCUCAGUCUGUGGUGGAAAGUUACUUAUUGCACCACUGAUACUGGUUUUGGGGCUGGUAAUAGGAGCCAUAGCUGUUAUAAUAGGUUUAUUUGUGUUUCCUAUCUAUUGCCUUUGUAAAAAGAAGAGGAAAAGGCCUCGAACAGAAAUGCCCUGGUACGAGUGAGCAUAAAUUGAAUGGAGCUGGUCCUACACAGCUUAUGCAAAAUGUUUGCAACGCAGCAAUAUUCUGCUGGGUAACUGUC